UUAACUUGAGUCUGGCCCCCGUCACAUGUUCUGUGGGGACGGUCAGCCCUCACUGUCACCAGACCCUGCGGUUUCCCUUUGUGCUGAGAGGGACCGCCCCCCCCCAGUCCUCGGGGUUCCCUCCCGGAUCAGCUUGGUCACCCGAGUUGGCACCGCACGCGGGGGCGGGGCGGCCAGAGUACAGGAGUAUAAAGGCGGCAGCGACAGAAGGCUCAGCUCACAGCCACACAGAAGACACAACCGACAUGGCCCUGCCCGCGCCCGAGGCCCAGCCUCCAGGCUGCUCGCAGCUGAGGUUCCUGCUGUUCCUGCUGCUGCUCCUCCUGCUGCUGUCGUGGCCAUCGCCCGGGAACGCCCUGGCACUGCCCGAACAGCGACGUUCCCACCCGGAGUCCCGACUCGACGCUCACGAGCUACGAGGUCGCUUCCAGGACCUGUUGAGCCGGCUGCAUGCCAACCAGAGCCGCGAGGACUCGAACUCAGAACCCAACCCCGGCACGGCUGUCCGGAUACUCACUCCAGAAGUACGACUGGGGCCGCGCGGCCACCUGCUGCUCCGCGUCCGCCGGGCGUCGCUGACCCAGGGUCUCCACGAAGCUUACCGCGUGCACCGAGCACUUCUCAUGCUGCCGCCGUCGUCGCGGGCUUGGGAUGUCACCGCACCCCUGCAGCGCGCGCUCAGCCUCGGGGGACCCCACGGCCGCGCACUGCGCCUGCGCCUGGCGCUGCCCCCGGACCUGGCCGUGACGCCCUCUAGCGGCGCGCGCCUGGAACUGCACCUGCGGUCGGCCGCCGGCAGGGGGCGCCGCAGCGCACACGCGUUCCCCAGAGACUCCUGCCCGCUGGGUCCCGGGCGCUGCUGUCAUCUGCAGACUGUACAGGCGACCCUCGAGGACCUGGGCUGGAGCGACUGGGUGCUGUCCCCGCGCCAGCUGCAACUGAGCAUGUGCGUGGGAGAGUGUCCGCACCUCUACCGCUCGGCCAGCACGCAUGCGCAGAUUAAAGCGCGCCUACACGGCCUGCAGCCCGACCGGGUGCCUGCCCCCUGCUGCGUCCCCUCCAGCUACACCCCGGUGGUCCUCAUGCACCGGACGGACAGCGGCGUGUCACUGCAGACCUACGACGACCUGGUGGCCCAGGGCUGCCACUGCGCAUGAGCGCCGACUGUGCCCCUCACCUGCACUCCCUACCCCUCCUGCUAUUUAUAUUUGUAUUUAUUAAUAUUAUUAAUUUAUUGGGGUCAGACUGGGUGGGUGAAUAGAUUAUUUAUUUAAA